GCGCGGGGCGCUGGCGUCGGGGCGGCGGCCGCGGCGCCGUCGGCGGAGCUGAGCGCCGCCGACCAGCCCGCCUUCGCCACCACAGGCAAGACGUACCGCAUCGUCACCAAGGACACCGUCGUGUUGCCCUGCGAGGUCACCAACGCCGGCAACUACGUGCUGGUGUGGAAGCGCGGCAUCGCCGUGCUGACGGCUGGCUCCACCAAGGUGAGCCCCGACGAGCGUCUGCGCCUGGUGGACGGGUCCAACCUGGAGAUCCGCGACGUUGCCACGUCGGACGCCGGCGACUACGUCUGCCAGAUCGGCACCAUGGAGCCAAAGGAGAUCACGCACACCGUCGAGAUUCUCGUGCCUCCGCGCAUCCACCAGGUGACGUCGAACGGGGAGCUGGACGUGAAGAAGGGGGCGACGGUGACGCUCGAGUGCCGAGCCUCGGGCAACCCCGUGCCCACCAUCACCUGGACCAGGAAGAACAACCUGCUUCCUUCGGGCGACAAGUCGGUGGAGGGCUUCAGCAUCACCAUCGAGCAGGCGACGCGUCACCACGCCGGUGUCUACGAGUGCACGGCGUCCAACGGCGUGGGGGAGCCUGUGACGCAACGCAUCACCCUGCACGUGCAAUGGGAAGGCUACGAGGCGCAGUUGGUGUGCAUCGUGCACGCUGAGCCACCGGCA